AAGGUCAAAUUUUCAACAAUCGAGUCUCUCUUCCUCACGCUCACAUAUUACUGCACAUACUUGCCCUAUUCAGCAUUAUGUCCGUUGCUACAUAUUUCCCAGUCAUGCUAUUCCAAAUUAGUUACAAGAACUACCAAUGUUGCAUUUCCAAUCUUUGCGAGCUAUAAAUAA